AUGACAUACAGUCCAGAUUAUAAACCACAGUAUCUGCAUGCAUGCAAUAGCACCAAAAACUCCACUGUAGCUACACGUAAUGAAAGUUCAGGUGCUAGAAUGGAAAACACUGAAGAAGAAGCAUCUUGCUCCACCAACAAAGGCUACAGUCAAAAGGAGCAGCAAAAAAAUGGAGCCGGAGUUGUUGCUGUAGAUUGCACUACUGAUAAAGUUAAAUUGCCUAUGACCGCACACGUUGAAGUUCCUGGUGAUCAACUCAAUAGAGCUGCAGAUGUUCGAAAUUGUAGAACUGAUAAAUCUGAAUUAACUGUGGAAGUUACUGGCUCUGAAGAUGCAUUGAGAGAUGGAACAGAUCUAGUCUCUGCAACAGAUUGCUUGGCAGAAGAAGUUAUGGUGGCUGUGGAUGGAAUAUCUAGCAACAGUGUUUCUGAUAAUCAACCUUUAUCAAUGUCUUUCAAUGAAAUUCAUUCUAUAGAAAAUGCCAAUGACUCAGUAAUUAUUCUUGAAAACUUAAUCCACUUGGGUUGCCAACCUUAUGAAAUAGGUUCCACAGGUGACAUUGAGCAAAACAACGGUCCAUGUUUGCCCUUUGUGAAAACAUUUCCAAUUUGGCAACAAUUUGAAUCAAUGGAAGCAUUCAGAAGAUUGCCUCAAAAUCCCCAUUUUCAGCCUUUAAUGGAGUCCAAAGAGAUAUAUCGGGAGGGAUUUGCUAUAGGUAAUAUGUUUGCCUUUCUUUCGUUGGUUCAGAUGAUUACAAAGUUGGAGAUAGAGGCUCCUGGGGAAUUAUUCAUUGAAGCUACCGAAACACUUGUGGAAAUGGAAAGAAUGGGAUUCAAUGUCGAGGCAUUACAAGGUCGUCUGAAUGAGUUGCAACUAAUUCAAGUCAAGUUGAGACAACUUGAAAAUGACUCCAAAGGGGUCAAAACUAAGAUCACUAAUUCCGUUCAUAAGAGGACCAAAGUUAAUAAAGAAUUUUAUGCGCUUUGCUUGGAGAUGAAGAAGUUGGAAGAAAAGAAGGCAAGGCUAAUUACUGAGACUGUGGCCACUAGCACUGAGCUAGAUAUGUGGCAAUCAGAAAAUGCUGAUAUUCUUGAAAACAUCCAGAGAAUGUAGCAAAAUUUCCUUGUUCUCCGUCGAGUUUGACCACAUGCAUUUAGUUUUGUAUUUUCGAGGCAUCAUGGUGAUAGGCCAUGGAGUUGCUCGAUGUAUAUUUUUGGCUCUAUGGUAAGUCAUUUAAACUGGUUUUGUGAAUGUAAAGCUGUAUAUCAUGAGUGCUACUUACAUUAUAUAUA